AUGUUCAGUUCUUCAUUUUUGCAAGCUAAUUGUCCAAAAAGCUGUAAUAGUUGUCCUUCCAAUAAUAAUACUGAUUGUAAUGACAGUAAAGCUUGGUGUUCACGUUGGGCAAGUAGUGGAAUGUGUGAUCUCUACAUUUUUCAAUCAUAUAUGCUCUCAAAUUGUCAAAUGUCCUGUGGCGUUUGUUAAAAUUUUUUAUUUUCCACUGAUACCGGUGGGACAAAAUACCAGUGUAUAUGUAUUUUAUUCAACUAUUAUUGUAAUGGAAAAGUGCUUUACUUUUAUAUACUCAUUUUUGUUGUAUAAAAAU